AUGCUGAAUCGGGCGCUAUUCGUCACCCGAGCGCGACGGAUUCCGCUGCGUUUUGUCCGCACAGUGGUCUUCCACCGCAAGCGCAAGCCACAGCGUCCAGAUCCGAAGAAAAUUGACUCCUCACUGAGCGAGCAGAUAAAAAAUCUAGAAAAAUUCACACAGCAGGUACAAAGCAUCGUCAACACCAAACAGGACCUUGGCGCUCAGAAAAAGACAAUAGAGGAUUUGCACAUAGAUGACAGCACACACGAUCCAGCCGACGAGGAGGCAGACGCGCUGUUUGAGGCGCUGAUGGCCUCGAACUCCUCUGAAAACCCGCUUCUCUUGGAGGACAGCCCCAGCACGCAGUCCAUGUCAAUAUUCCCUCCUGCCGAGCCCCACACGGCGCUACCUCCAUCGAUCCGCGAAAAGCUCGAUCCGCAGACCGUCAAGCACAUUGCUGUGGCCGCCGGGGCCAACUGGGUGCCCGUGGUUGACCGUUUGCACCAGACCACGGGGCUCGCCGGUAGCAGGCCGAUCGACGUUGUGCGGUUCGUGACGAAGAUCCCGCGGCCGCAGCGGCCGCUUGUUGUAGCCAAGAUCCACGACAUGGCGAUGUCUGCCGGGCUUCUCGAGAACGUGCAUAUCUACAACACUAUAAUGAGCUGCUACAAUAUGGCCUCUGCCACGCAGGCCAGGCCGAUCGUCGAGAAGCUGUAUUCUGAGCUGCAGGCGAAAAACAUCAAGCCGAACCUCAUCACCUACAGCGUGAUGGUCAACCUGUACAGCAAGCUGACCGACGUCGACAACGUCCGCAAGUUUAUGCAGCAGAUUUCCAGCGAGGGUCUGGUGGCUACCAAGGAGGUGUACACUUCUGUUUUGCAGAUGUACGUGCGGCUGGGCAAAUACGAGCACGUUCUGGAGACGUUCAACACGAUGAAGUUUCUUUCUCUCGCGACGGCGCCGUCGUCGCGCACGUAUUCGUCUGUGAUCCUGAUGGACGUGCUGAAUAAUAACGUCGAGCAUGCAUUGGCACUAUACGAGGAGAUGGUGGCCAAGGAGCUGCCGCUGGAGCCCGAGACGUAUCUCGCGCUGGUGAAGGGGUGCACCACUCGGCGGGAGCUGAUCGAGAAAGGGUGGCUGUUUAUUAUCGAGUACUAUUCCAAAGGUUUUCCCAUGGACGCCCGUGUAAUAGAGAUGAUGAUGGCUCUCGCGGUCAAGGACUCCGACCUGAGCCUGUCAAGGGCACUGUUUGUGGGGCUGUUCGACACGCUGACCAAGGCCGAGGGCCGCCUGGUGCCGCCGUCGCCGGUCGCGCUGAAAUACCUGUUCAACGCGUACGCUUUCUACGACGCGCAGCGAGUGCCUGUGAGCCGUCUGAACCCGCAGGUGGGGGGCAUUGCCGCGCGCACGUUCGACCUGUGCGACUUCUGCUUCCACGCGGACGCGCCGCCGUUUCUGCCGACGCUGCACGUGGACGACAAACAGGCUCUGAGCGAGGCUCGUGCGCUGUUGCAGUACUUUCUGGCCAAGUUUCCGCAGCAGAUUUCCGUGGAGGUGCUGGAGGCGUAUUUGCUUGUGUUUGCGUGGAGGGGCGAGUCGAUGGUGGAGUUUGAGCAGCUGUGGAACAGGCACACGUUCUUCAGGGGGCAGGGCGUGACGGUGGAGGAGCCGGACGAGAGAGUGCAAGAACAGCCGGCCGCUGGUACCCCCACGCUGAAAUACCCACGCAACGACAGACUGUACAACGUGUGUCUGCACGCCGCGCGGGUGCACAAGGACGUGCGGUUUGCACAGAAAAUAUGGACCGAGCGCGGCAGGUACAGAAAGACGCCCGAGUUCCAGAGCUUGAGUCCGCAGAAACAGGACCAGCAGGACUUCAAGUUUGCCAGGGGCAUUGUUUCGGUGUUCGCACAGACCAACAACGUCGUCGACGCGUACCAGGUGGUGCUGAGCUCGCAGCGGCGCUUCUCGUGGACAUAUUACCAUCUAAAGGAGCUGAUGCUCCUGGCCGAAAAACUCGGCUACGCCAGCAUCCACAAGAACCUCCGAGAGGUGGCGCAUCUGGCCGAAAAGCGGCAACGCAAGAUGUUUGUAAAUAGCUAG